GGCAUUCUGGGUAACGUUCGUCGCGUCCUCCAGCGUCCUCCUCCCUGCACCACCUCCUUGUGCUGCGACGUUAUGAUUUUCGCGACAAGGGUCGAACGCAGGAACGUGACGGACGAGCGAGCGAGUGCGCAGUGAGCGCAGUGAAUCGCGGAUCGGUGAACCAUUGUUUUGCUCCGUUCGAUUAUUCGUUCACGUUCCGAUUUCCGAUUCCCCUCUCUCUCUUUCUCUCUCUUUUUCUCUCUCUCCUUUUUCUCGUCGGUUACGAACUUACGAACGAGCAGCAGGAGGAGCCGCAACGACUGGAGCAGCGUCGUGACAGGGGCGCCUCAGGCUCACCGUAAGUAGAUAUCCCCGGAUAUCUUUGGUACCGUCUCACCACGUGUCGCCGCCGCCCGACGAUAUCUCCAAGUUCCUCCAAGUUUCGGAGCUCCGAAUCCACAUCCACGUGCCACGCUCACGCGAAGAUGAUCGACCUAACAGUCAAGACCUUGGAUUCGCAGAAUCACGUCUUCUCCCUGGAAGACGACCAAAUCACGGUACGCGGCUUUAAAGAACACAUAGCAGAGUCCGUCGCGGUACCAGCCGAUUCGCAGAGGUUGAUUUAUUGCGGACGAGUGCUUCAAGACGAAAAGAAAUUAAAUGAUUAUGAUGUCAAUGGAAAAGUUAUACACCUGGUGCAACGCGCGCCGCCCCAACCUGGCCAACAUGGGAACGAUGGUGGGCAGACGCAGGGACAGAGGCAAGGGUGGCAGAGCUCGCAGAGGCCGCACUAUCGGGUCACAAGAACCCAGAUGCAUGGAAACGCAAUGUACCUGGGUGCCAUGUCUGUGCCAGCUGAGAUUGUUGAAGGUCACGGUAUACCUCAGUUGAGCAACAGUCUGUCGGGUACUCGGUUGAGUCAUGCCGGUCGAAUGCUCGAUCGUGUGAACGAGGUGCUCGAUCGAUUGGAUGAUCCAAACGCUCCUCCUCUACAUCCGCCCUCGGAGGUCAACCAGUCGAUGGCGCAGCAGCAGCAGCAGCAAUCUCAGCAACCGCAAGAAUCAGAGAUUGAACAAAACGAGAACAACGACGUUUCUAGAGACGAUGGUGCUAGACUUGCCGAAGCAGCUGCAGCCGCCAUCACUGCUGCGUUGUCAGCUGCUGGAGCGCGCGCGGUUACAUUGUUUAGAGGAAGCAGUUAUAACGGUGGAAACGCGAGAACUUCGAGCGAUGCGAACGAGCAUCAGAGUGAUGCGCAACCACCACAAUCGCAGUCCCAAUCGCAGACACAAUCGCAAUCGCAGCCGCAGCCGCAAUCGCAGCCGCAGCCGCAAUCGCAAUCGCAGCCGCAGCCGCAAUCGCAAUCGCAAUCGCAACAACAAGCGGCUGCGGAUGCUGAAACAACAUCUAGUAACAAUGCUGGCCAAAGCAGACGAGCUCAGCAGCAGGAUCUCCCGCGACCUCCGCAAAUGGCAGAAUUAUUGCAAAGACUGUGUAACACUCAAGAUCGGUUGAGACCAUACUUGGAGCGUUAUUGCAUGCUCACGCUUCUCGAUCCUUUGUUACCGCCCGGAUCCGGACCGAACACUGUAGAGGAAAGUCAGAGAAUAGUCGACGGAGUCAGUGAAAUUCUGCACUUUAUGUCGCACAGCUAUCACGCGCUAAGCGAUAUUAUAAUUGAUAUGAGUCAAGCACCACCUAGAAACUUGCGGUGUCGACCAAUAAUAGUGCAACACUCGGCUAUUUUGCAACCUGGUAUACCGAUCCAGGUGGAGGCUCAUAUCAGUUUGAAUGGUCGUAGCACUAAUAAUAACAACAGUAACGAUGAGACGGCAGAAUCUGGUAAUCAGGCACAAUCGAACAACGCUGAAUCGGCAACCUCGUCGCGCGCUACUACCGAGGAGGGUAAUCAAGAGCGAGAAUCCGGCGAUAAUUCGGCACAGGCAGAACGGUCGCAACAAGAUCAAGGCCAAUCGCCUUUUGAUACAGUAUUCAAUUUGCCAAACAAUGUUGAGGUACUGAUGGAAGUUAGUUCCGAGAGCAACAUCGAUGCUGGAUCGAACAAUGAACAGAACACGUCAGGCAAUGAAAACAACAACAACGCUCGCAGAACAAACGUAUUUCCGUUCGGCACGCCACCGCCGCCGUAUUUCAUGCGAAACUUUAUGCAAGCCGUUGCCGGACACAUGGUGCAUAGCGGUAUCACUACCACGACUAUAAGCACGAGAAAUCCUCCCGCUACUACUGCAGGAGCGCAACAGGGCAUCUCUUCAUCGAUGGACAGUAGUAGUACAAAUGCCGGUCAAAGCACUCAAGCACGGAGCAAUACUGGUACUCAUCCUACGACUGCCACACAAACUCGAAGUACGUCACGGCCGCAUGUGUUCCAUCACCAUCCUCAUCCAAUGGGAGGAAUUGGCAUGAGCAUCGGACUAGGUCUUGAUUUUGAUCCUUACCUUCCAUGCAACUCGCACCAUGUCUAUCGCUCUCCGAAUACUACGUCCAGCACUGCAACUGGUGUGACAACUUCUUCGCAAACAACGCGCACUUCAUCAACAGCUACAGCGGACGCUCAGAAUCAAACGAAUCAAACUGCGACGACUUCGACUACAUCCAGCAGUGCCACUUCUACAAACUCAACAUCGGCGACGAAUGCAGAAUCGGUUACUAAUAAUGCCCUCGUGAAUUUAUUGCAACAAAUAUUACGUCAGUCAACGAGUGGUCAAUCGCAACCUAACAUCACUAUCAACAGUAAUGCUCCUUUGAUGGAAAGUCUUGGGAACAUAAUGCAAAUGCUUGGUAACAACAUACACGUAGGAUUCUUGAGUGAUAGCUCAAUUGGAAAUGCUCCUACGUUGGCUGAUCUAUUUGAGGGUGGGGGUCUAUCUAUGGAUCUCUUCACGUCACACGAAUCCGGCAGAGAGGAGAAUUUUCUCGUCGAUCUUUUCGUAUUGCUGGCACAAUCUAUGACUCUGGAUGGAUUGAUCAGAGUACGUCUUGGUCAAUGGGAGCCCAUUGCCCGGCUUCGGAGACCGUUAGAAGAGUUCCUAGGAUACACGUUCUCAAGCGCCUCAUCGCCGGAAGCCAUUCAAGAGCAAGCAACCGAACGUUUACUUUCUCAACUACGACCUCAUAUUCAAAAUCUUCUAGCAUCUGAGGAAGACACUAACAGCAGGAGUGGAUCUCGGAUUGAUAUUUGCGCGACCAUCGAAUCGUUAAUCGCGCGUCACGCAAGAGAUAUACUUAGAAUCUUGUACGACACCGGAGUCGACGAUGCGAGAUUCGGCCAGGACAUACUAAACAUUCUAAUUAAUAUGUGCAGUCAAAUCUGUACAGUACUUCGAUACUCGUUACGUGGCGGCCAAACUGGAUUGGAGGCGAUCGCGACACGUUUUAUGCGUGACUUGAUGGACGGUGGUAAUCCCGCUCUUCUUCAAUGGGUACUAAACGGAUUUAUUACUCAUCUUCGUACUUACUUUUUAUGCGUACCACAACCUCCGGAUUCGGAGAUCAUACCGCUUUUAGUGUAUAGGGACGCAUCGUCCCAACCAUCAUCGGUAUCCUCGGCCUCGACUCGCCAAUCUACACAAACACAAUCGGAAGAUGAGCCGAUGGAAACUGAAACUCUGGAGCAACAGCAGCAGCAGCAGCAACAACAGCAGCAACAACAACAACAACAGCAACAGCAACAACAACAAUCGGCACGCGAAAGCUCGAUACCUGAGGAUCGAGAAGAAAUUCCUGAAACGUUCCCUGGCCACGAAGCUUUACCUUCAGAUUGGGUGCCAAUUAUCGCUCGUGACGGUGUGAGACAACGUAGACAGUUGCAGAUGCAAGGUGUAACGCCAAAUAGCGGCGUAACGACAUUUAGCGACGCAUAUUUAGGUGGUUUACCGAGUAAACGUCGUAAGCUAAUUGAACAGCAGAAACCGCGAUUAUUAGUUAGUCCUACACCGAAUCAUCAUUCAACAAUAGCAGCAUCUAUGGAACGGCUAGUUAGAGAAGGGGUCGGUCGUGCCGGCGUCGAGGAGGUCGAGGGUGCUGCUGUGGCUGUCGCGGCGGACCCUGCUGUACGACGUGCGUUUGGUCAAGCGAUCAGGGAUUGUUUAAAUCCGUGUCGAUACGGCACGCCUGAUUUUCCAGACCCAUUGCGUUUCCCGAACGCCACCAAAUAUUUCGCGGAUCAGGAUCGUCCGCCGAAAUAAUAGUUUCAGCGGGAGGACAUAAUAUCAUACUCUGACUUACGCUAUUAAAUUAAAGGAAAUUUAAGUGAAAUCAAGAAAUAGAAGAUGACUGUUGUCCCGAGAGAAUCGACAAGGAGUAAUUCGAUCUCGCAUGGACAAUUCCGUAAAAAGAAGAAAAAAAAUUUCUCUAUUAAUGAAGAGAGAACGCAUAUGUUUCUGACUGAUUAGCACGGUGCAAAUGUAUCUACGUAUUAUCUAUGCUCAUAUCAAUAUCUGCUUUUAUAGAAUCACACUUUUGAUAGAACUUCUCUCCGGGUUAAGUUUAUAGUAAAAUAAUAAGUAUAGGAUUUCUCUUAAAAUUGAAUUUUCCAUCGAGUGUCAAUAUCGGGGAAAGUUGACAUCAAUUGCAUAAAAAAUUAACAUUUACAGAAAAUUCAGAUUGCAAUUUCCACUAGAGAAAUAUGAAUAUCCUGUAUAUACAUAAGUAUAAAAAAAUUGUUAAUUGCACACCCAUUUAUUUAUAAUUUUUACAUCUGUGCACUUGCUAGUUCUAGAAUAUUUCUGUUUACAUUAAAAUGUUUUUUUUUCUUCUAGUUACUCUUUUUUCCAUUAUGUUGGUUAUUCCAAAUUCCACUAUUGCUGUGACUUUGGAAUGAUUGUAGGAAGAGAAAUUGGUCGAAUUUAAUAGAUCGUUUUUUUUCUUUUAGUUGCAACAUUCGUACAUGGAAAUAACAAUUUUGUUGAAGUAUUAAAAAAUUUAAUGAAAUACAGAUUUGAAAAUAAUUUCUUGUUGAUCUAUUUAUGCAUUAAUAUUAUUAUUAUUCUUAAAUGAUAUAAUAUAAUAAAAAUAAUUAAAGUAAGAUACUCAAGCUGGAUGAGCAAUGUUGCAAAAAGUUUUGAUAUUCUUUUAAUUAUAUACCUAUUUUAAUAUAUGUAAUAAAAUUUCUGUAAGAUUUUUUGUCUAGCUACAUCUUUAGAUACUUUAACAAAUUUUUCCAUGUGUGAAGAUAUGUUUUAUCAAAAGCAGCGGCAUUAUAUGUUUCAGGCAAAAUUGUAUCGCAAAUAUGCUUCGUACAGAUAAUUUUUUAAAAUUUGAUUGCUUGAGAUAAUAAAUUCGAAUCAUUUUAUAUAUCUUUACGACGCAUAUUCUCUUAAUAUGAGAAUAACAACUAAAUUAAUGUGAUGCGUGAUUAUGAUAACUUACUAUAUAUGUGAGGUAUGUUUAAUCGUUCUAAUAACCAAACGGUUGUAUGAAAAAAAAAGAAAAACAAUAAAGUUAUGUAUCCCUUUU